GCAUGGGAUUAUUAUGGAAAGAGUUUCAUGUCUUAUAUGUCUCCGCAUUCACUUUGGUCCGUUUUACUUUCACCAAGACUCGUUUUUUUCUCUCAGAAAACCUCUCGAGUCUCUGAAUCGAAGCACAGAAGCACCAACCCACCACCACCUUCACUACCAGAUUUCGAUUUGUGGUUGUUGAAUUGGCUAAAGUUGAGGAUUAGGGGAUCUGGGUCGUUGAAAUUUGUUGGGUUUUAAUGGCAGCUUUUGUGCCUCCUCCAGGGGCACCUAGGCCCAAUAACAGUAACACUCCACCAGGGGCACCACCCCCAAAUUACAACCCUAACAAUGCUCAGAGAAACCCCGAUUCGUUAUCCGGUAACAUGCAGAAUUUGAAUCUUAAUCGCCAGCAGCCUCCUCCCAUGCCCAAUUCUGCUCCUAGACCAUCAUCAUCAUCAUCCCCUUUUGGCCAACCGCCGCCCUUCCAGUCAUCACCGCCUCCCCCGGGGGCACCUGGUGCUUCUGCGCCUUAUUCUCGGCCUGGCCCUCCCCCGGCGAGACCUGCAGCACCCCGUCCACAAGCAACAUUACCCCCUGGCACCGCCGCAGUAAGACCUACUGGCCCACCUGUUGGCCAGUCUUCACCGUUUGGGUCUAGACCGCCUCCUGGGGCUUUUCCUCCUGGGGUAGCUCCUACUUCUGCGCCAGCUUCCAGUCCUUUCCAGACAACGGGUUUGCCAAGUGGUCCAACGCCACCACCGCCUUCAUCAGGUCCUCGCCCUGGUCCUGGGCCGUUCGCUAGUGGUCAGGCUGUGCCCCCUAUGGGCGCACCGGGUAGAAUGAGUAAUGGGCCACCGGUCUUUGGUUCUGGGGCUGUGCCAGGUGGACCUCGUUUUCCUCCAACUGGAAAUUUACCUCAACCACCUGUUGGAUCUUCACCAACUUCAGUGGCUCCUCCUCGUGCUCCAACCAUGCAUUCGGUGCUCGGUGGUUCAGCAGUCGGUGCUCCACCAGGAUCUACUGCCCAACAAGCGCCGCCAUUUUCAUCAGGUCCUCAAGGCAUGCGGCCUCCUCCUCCUGGUUCUCCUUAUAGCCCACAGUCAUGGCCAAUGCAACAAGGGCAGGUGGCUCAACCUCCACAAUUUCCUGGGUCUGCUCCACCUCCACAAUUUCCUGGCUCUGCUCCACCCCCACAAUUUCCUGGCUCUUCUCCACCUCCACAAUUUCCUGGCUCGGCUCAACCACCUAGAAUGUAUGGAAUGCCACCACAACCACUGCCAAAUCAGUCCAUGACUACCAUCUCAUCGGCUGUUGGUCAAACUGGAACUCCUAUGGCUGGGUCAUCAAAGAUUGAUCCCAAUCAAAUUCCUCGGCCUGGACCAAGUUCUUCAGUACUUCUGCAUGAAACUCGUCAGGCCAAUCAAGCAAAUCCACCUCCGCCUGCUACAAGUGAUUAUAUCGUCAGAGACACUGGGAAUUGCAGUCCACGUUACAUGAGGUGCACCAUCAAUCAGAUACCAUGCACUGCUGAUCUUUUGACAACAUCAGGGAUGCCGUUAGCUUUGUUGGUUGAACCUUUUGCCCUUCCUCAUCCAUCUGAGGAACCAAUCCAAGUUGUAGAUUUUGGUGAAAGUGGCCCUGUUCGAUGUUCUCGUUGCAAAGGCUACAUAAAUCCUUUCAUGAGGUUCAUAGACCAGGGCAGGCAAUUCAUCUGCAAUUUGUGUGGAUUUACUGAUGAGACUCCCCGCGACUACCACUGCAAUCUAGGUCCAGAUGGCAGACGUAGAGAUGCUGAUGAUCGGCCUGAGCUAUGUAGGGGAACAGUUGAAUUUGUUGCCUCAAAAGAAUACAUGGUGCGUGAUCCCAUGCCAGCUGUGUACUUCUUCCUUAUCGAUGUAUCCAUGAAUGCCAUUCAAACUGGUGCAACUGCUGCAGCUUGCAGUGCAAUCAAUCAAGUUAUUGCUGAUCUUCCUGAAGGUCCUCGGACAAGGGUGGGGAUAGCAACAUUUGACUCGACAAUCCAUUUUUACAAUUUGAAACGUGCACUGCAGCAGCCUUUGAUGCUUAUUGUUCCUGAUGUACAAGAUGUUUACACUCCUCUAGAGACUGAUGUAGUUGUUCAGCUUUCCGAGUGCCGUCAACAUUUGGAGCAAUUGCUGGAAAGUAUUCCAACUAUGUUUCAGAAUAGUAAAACUGCUGAAUCAGCUUUUGGUGCAGCAAUCAAGGCUGCUUUCUUGGCAAUAAAGAGUACUGGAGGGAAACUUUUGGUGUUUCAGUCAGUGUUGCCAUCAACUGGAAUUGGAGCGCUUUCAGCUAGAGAGGCUGAAGGAAGAGCUAAUAUAUCUUCAACUGAGAAGGAGCCCAAUAAAUUACUCCAGCCCGUGGACAAAACUUUGAAGACAUUGGCAAUUGAAUUUGCUGAAUAUCAGGUUUGCGUCGAUUUAUUUAUCACCACCCAGUCAUACAUAGAUAUUGCUUCUAUCUCAGUCAUCCCCAGAACAACCGGAGGGCAGGUUUACUAUUAUUAUCCCUUCUCAGCUCUCUCUGAUCCUGCAAAGCUAUAUAAUGAUCUUAGAUGGAAUGUCACAAGGCCGCAAGGUUUUGAGGCAGUGAUGCGUGUAAGAUGCAGCCAGGGUAUUCAAGUUCAAGAGUACUUUGGAAACUUUUGCAAACGCAUUCCAACAGAUGUCGACCUACCUGGGAUUGACUGUGACAAAACUAUUAUGGUAACGUUAAAGCAUGAUGACAAAUUACAGGAUGGCUCAGAAUGUUCUUUCCAGUGUGCUGUUUUAUACACGACUGUGUAUGGCCAACGGAGAAUUCGGGUUACCACUUUGUCUCUGCCAUGCACUAGUAUGCUAAGUAAUCUGUUUCGCGCUGCUGAUUUGGACACUCAGUUUUCAUGUUACAUGAAGCAAGCGGCAAAUGAAAUCACGUCAAGUCCCCUCUUGCGUGUACGGGAACAAAUGACAAAUCUUUGCAUCAAUAGUCUGCUUUCAUACCGCAAAUUCUGUGCUACUGUAUCAUCUUCGGGACAGCUUAUUCUUCCAGAGGCACUGAAGCUCCUGCCUCUAUACACCCUUGCAUUAAUCAAAAGUACCGGACUACGAACUGAUGGAAAAAUUGAUGAGCGGUCUUUCUGGAUCAACCAUGUUUCCUCCCUGUCUGUACCUUUGGCAGUUCCACUGGUGUAUCCCAGGAUGGUGGCUGUCCAUGACCUUGAUGCUAAAAAGGAGGGUGAUGGAUCUCUUAUUCCUCCGGUGAUUCCACUUUCUAGCGAACACGUUCGUGAUGAUGGAAUAUAUCUUCUUGAGAAUGGUGAGGACUGUUUAAUAUACGUUGGGAACUCGGUGGAUUCUGGAAUUUUACAACAGUUGUUUGGCGUCACCACUGCUGAUGAACUUCCUACUCAGUUUGUGCUGCAGCAGUAUGAUAAUUCAUUAUCAAAGAAGCUGAAUGAUGUGGUAAAUGAAAUACGCCGCCAGAGAUGUUCCUACCUGCGAUUGAAAUUGUGCAAGAAAGGAGAUCCUUCAGGAGCAUUCUUCUUAUCACAUUUGGUUGAAGACCAGAGUCCCCAUGGCCCCUCCUAUGUUGAGUUUCUGGUACAUGUCCAUCGGCAAAUACAGAUAAAAAUGACUUCAUAACAGCUUAUGCUUUAGUUUGGAAUACAAGUUUUGAGCAACUACUUCCUAGAGCACAUAUUGAUUCAAAAGGAUAGAAGAAAAAUUAGAUGCUUGCAGUACAUCUGCAUUCUGGGAUCGUCCCACAGGCACCGUAUACAUCAAAAAGCAAGCAGAGUUGAGUUUUGCUAUGAUAGGUUUGUUAAAACUGAAAUAUCAAUUUCAUAGUGGGACAAUCAUGUGAUAAAACCUUUUUUUGUUGUAUUCAAGUUAUUCUUUCUCCUCUCCCACCUCUUUUCCAUUUGUACUUUUGAGUCUGACAAUAAAAAAAAUUAGGAUGUAAUAUGAGAACCAUGGACGGGAGGAAAAAGAUUGUAAGAAUGCUCAUGAGAUGACAAUUUUAAGUUAUGGCGAUUGCUCAUCAAA